GCGGAGAGAGCCUCGGGCUGUUCGCUCCGGUGAGAGGGCGGUGAGAGGUGCUUUCUUCCUUUCAGCCUUUGGCCAUGGCCGGGGUUCAUAGCAGCGAAAGCAGCCGCCCCAGGGCUCCUCUCCCCGCUCCCUGAGAGCCUCCUAUUCGCAAUCUCUAGAAAAACCUGCGUGUCGUCUGCGGCCCUGGGAGAGGCGGGAGAGGCGAGCCAGGAUGCGCUGAGGACCGCCGGGACUCAGGUCCCGAGCACAGCCGUGGGUCCCGGCGCAGAAGCUGAGCUGCCUCCGGCUGCCUCGACGUCUCUCCUGCGAGCUUGCCGCCCUCCGCCUCCCUGGAUGUGCAGAGAGAAGCUAGACAUCAUGAUCCUAACACAAAUUGAAGCCAAGGAAGCUUGCGACUGGUUGCGAGCAACUGGUUUCCCCCAGUAUGCACAGCUUUAUGAAGAUCUCCUGUUCCCCAUUGAUAUCACCUUGGUCAAGAGAGAGCAUGACUUUUUGGACAGAGAUGCCAUUGAGGCCUUAUGCAGACGUCUGAAUACUUUAAACAAAUGUGCAGUGAUGAAACUAGAAAUCAGCCCUCAUCGGAAAAGAAGUGAGGAUUCAGAUGAAGAUGAGCCUUGUGCAAUAAGUGGCAAGUGGACUUUCCAGAGGGACAGCAAGAGGUGGUCCCGGCUUGAAGAAUUUGACGUCUUUUCUCCAAAGCAGGACCCCAUCCCAGGGUCCCCAGAUGAUUCCCACCUGAAGAAUGCCAUGAGCCACGAGAGCAUGCUGACUGACCUCAGUGAGCGCCAGGAGGUGGCUUCUGUGCUCAGCCUGAGUAGCACUAGCAGUGUCCACACCCAUGUGCCCCUCAGUGGGGAAGCUGCGACACCCCGGACUAACUCUGUCAUCAGUGUCUGCUCCUCUAGCCACUUUCCAGGCAACGAUGACUCUUUCUGCAGCCUGCCUUCUCCCAAGGAACUGUCCAGCUUCAACUUCAGCAUGAAAGGCCAUGAGAAAAGCACCAAGUCCAAGACACGGAGUCUGCUGAAACGGAUGGAGAGCUUGAAGCUCAAGGGCUCCCACCACAGCAAGCACAAAGCGCCCUCCAAGCUGGGGCUCAUCAUCAGUGGGCCCAUUCUGCAAGAAGGAAUAAAUGAGGAGAAGCUGAAGCAGCUGAACUGCGUGGAGAUCUCAGCCCUUAAUGGCAAUCACAUCAAUGUCCCCAUGGUACGAAAGAGAAGCAUAUCCAACUCCACACAGACCAGCAGUAGCAGCAGCCAGUCGGAGACCAGCAGUGCUGUCAGCACGCCCAGCCCUGUCACCAGGACUCGCAGCCUCAGCACGUGCAACAAGCGGGUGGGCAUGUAUCUCGAAGGCUUUGAUCCUUUGAGUCAGUCUGCAUUUAACAAUGUGAUGGAGCAGAACUUUAAGAACCAGGAGAGCUACCCAGAAGACACAGUGUUCUACAUCCCAGAGGAUCACAAGCCUGGUACCUUCCCCAAGGCCCUCUCCAACAGCAGUUUCUGUCCCACAGGGAGCAACAGCUCUGUGAACUGGAGGACGGGAAGCUUCCAUGGCCCUGGCCACAUCAGCCUAAGGAGGGAAAACAGCAGUGACAACCCCAAGGAACUGAAGAGACGCAAUUCCUCCAGCUCCAUGAGCAGCCGCCUGAGUAUCUAUGACAACGUGCCAGGCUCCAUCCUCUAUUCCAGCUCAGGCAACCUGGCUGACCUGGAGAAUGAGGACAUUUUCCCUGAGCUGGAUGACAUCCUGUACCAUGUGAAGGGAAUGCAGCGCAUAGUCAACCAGUGGUCUGAGAAGUUCUCAGAUGAGGGAGACUCCGACUCAGCCUUGGACUCUGUCUCUCCUUGCCCAUCGUCUCCAAAGCAGAUACACCUGGAUGUAGACAAUGACCGAGUCACACCCAGUGACCUGGACAGCACAGGCAACUCCCUGAAUGAGGCUGAAGAGCCUGCGGACAUUCCAGAGAGAAGGGACUCUGGGGUGGGGGCCUCCUUGACCAGGUGCAACAGGCACAGACUGAGAUGGCACAGUUUCCAGAGCUUUCAUCGGCCAAGCCUAAACUCUGUAUCUCUGCAGAUUAACUGCCAGUCUGUGGCCCAGAUGAACUUACUGCAGAAAUACUCACUUCUGAAGCUGACAGCCCUGCUGGAAAGAUACACACCUUCUAACAAGCAUGGUUUCAGCUGGGCUGUGCCCAAGUUCAUGAAAAGGAUCAAGGUUCCAGACUACAAGGACCGGAGUGUGUUCGGGGUUCCUCUGACAGUCAAUGUGCAGCGCACCGGACAGCCCCUGCCUCAGAGCAUCCAGCAGGCCAUGCGCUACCUCCGCAACCACUGUCUGGACCAGGUUGGGCUCUUUAGAAAAUCGGGCGUCAAAUCCCGGAUCCAGGCUCUGCGCCAGAUGAAUGAGAGUGCUACAGAUUGUGUCAGCUAUGAAGGGCAGUCUGCUUAUGACGUGGCAGACAUGCUGAAGCAGUAUUUUCGAGACCUUCCUGAGCCACUGAUGACAAACAAGCUCUCAGAGACCUUUCUCCAGAUCUACCAAUAUGUUCCCAAGGACCAGCGCCUCCAGGCCAUCAAGGCCGCCAUCAUGCUCCUGCCCGAUGAGAACCGCGAGGUUCUCCAGACACUCCUGUACUUCCUGAGCGACGUCACAGCAGCUGUGAAGGAUAACCAGAUGACGCCCACCAAUCUGGCUGUGUGCCUGGCGCCUUCCCUCUUCCACCUCAACACCCUGAAGAGAGAGAAUUCCUCUCCCAGGUACAGGGUAAUGCAAAGGAAACAGAGUUUGGGCAAACCAGAUCAGAAAGACUUGAAUGAAAACCUUGCUGCCACUCAAGGGCUGGCCCAUAUGAUUGCAGAGUGCAAGAAGCUUUUCCAGGUGCCCGAGGAAAUGAGCCGAUGUCGCAAUUCCUACACAGAACAAGAGCUGAAGCCGCUCACACUGGAGGCACUAGGACACCUGAGCAACAGUCAGUCUGCUGACUACAAACACUUCCUCCAGGACUGUGUAGAUGGCCUAUUCAAGGAGGUGAAAGAGAAGUUUAAAGGCUGGGUCAAUUACUCCACUUCUGAGCAGGCUGAGCUGUCCUAUAAGAAGGUGAGUGAAGGUCCCCCUCUGAGACUCUGGAGGUCCACUAUUGAAGUCCCUGCUAUGCCUGAGGAAAUCUUAAGGCGCCUAUUGAAGGAGCAGCACCUCUGGGAUGUAGACCUUUUGGAUUCGAAAGUGAUUGAAACCCUGGACAGCCAGACUGAAAUCUACCAAUAUGUCCAAAACAGUAUGGCACCCCACCCUGCUCGGGACUAUGUGGUGUUGAGAACCUGGAGGACUAAUCUGCCCAAGGGAGCCUGUGCCCUUUUACUCACCUCUGUGGAUCAUGACCGAGCACCUGUGGUGGGUGUGAGAGUUAAUGUGCUCCUGUCCAGGUAUUUGAUUGAACCCUGCGGGUCAGGAAAAUCCAAACUCACCUACAUGUGCAGAGCUGAUUUAAGGGGCCACAUGCCAGAGUGGUACACCAAAUCCUUUGGACAUUUGUGUGCAGCUGAAGUGGUAAAGAUCCGAGACUCCUUCAGUAAUCAGCACAGCGAAACCAAGGAUGGCAAAUCCAGGUGAUUACAGAGGUGAAGCAUCUGUAGCCACCCAGGUGACGUCCUAGAACCUUGCCAGUUCUCGGGAGAAUCGGUCUGUGUCUGAUCCUGAAACAAAUACAAGUUGGAGUGUGGAAAAUGACUCUAGCCAUUUGACACACUUUUAAAGCUGCUUCCUGUUUGUUUUAGGUCUAAGUUGUAGACCUUGACUGGAAUAUAUAAGACUGUGCAAAAGAAAAAUGUAUUCUUAUUCAAAUUGCUUCUGAGAAGCAAAACUCUAAAUUCAUUAUGGAAGAUAAUGAAGAUACUUCAUUUUGUCAUGAUGCCAGUGUUUGUGUACCUAUGUCAUAUAUUUGCAGUGUGUUGCAGGACUGGUGUAUCCACUGGAAUAGUUGGUACUCUGACAUGUUUUCUCACUGAGAUGAUCAAAGAAAGGUUUGCACAGAGGAGUGUGACUGUGUGUUUGACGAGGGUUGAAUGGCCUGGAUGUGUAGGGUGGGAUACAGUGUCUGGCACACUGAGGUGCCUCUGGGAAGCAUGUUGAUGCACCAGGUUCAGUUUAACCUGGACUGCUUGACUACCCAAGGAUUCAUUCAGAAAGGACCCAACACCCCCAUUCCUUUUUUUCCCCUACGUUGUUAAGCAUACUCUUUAUCCACCACCCGCUAUUCUCCCUUGAAAGUAAUUGUAGAUUAUUUUGAUACUUAUUUCAAAUGCAAUUUGUUGCCAGACUUGAUUGCCACAAUCCAGAUGUGGUGUCAGCCGGUAAAGAUCUUGGAGAUGUGAAUGACCUCCUCUCCGUCCAUACUGGCUCCAAAGAAUAGGUUUUGAUUUUUGUUUUUAAGUGAGAAGUGAAAACAAAACACUCAAAAAUUUAUUUUUGAAUUAAACAUCAAAACUUUUUUAUCUGUUGAAAUUCUUUGUAUUUUCGUGUUGAUAGCAUAAGCUGUUUAAGACACUGUGCACACUAUGCGUAGGAAGAUAGGAAAUUCUCCCAAGGAAAUCUCUGUAAAUUUAAUUUUGUCCUGGCCCUUUUUUUUUUUUGGUAGCUGUUAACAGCAUUCCUGCAAACUGCACAUAUUUAUUAAUUGGGGGUUUGUCCUUAUCAACAAACAGGUUUUUUAGAUUUUUUCAUUUUGCUUUCUCUAUAUUUCUUUUUAUUUUCCUUUAUAAUGCCCUUGAUAUACAUGUUAGUAAUAAAGGGAAGUAGUAAUCAUAUUGAAAAACAGCUUAGUGUUUUUGGAAGAGUGGUCUUUAUACAGGUUUUACUGGAAUGAUCAAGGUUGACUCAAGACAGUAUUAGUAAAUUUAUUUUGUAUGAUCAAAAGUGAAUAAUGUAUGAAUGAGAGUUGCAAGAAGGAUUUUUAUUUUGUUAUAAUGUAUUUUAGUUACCAUUGUCAGUGUUAUUUCAGAGGUUGUUUGAAGAAUUUGGGGGUCAGAUUAGAGUUUUAAAAUUUGAGUAUUUUGGAUAUCAGUGUUCCUUGUGAAGAUAUAUAUUCAGUUUUGAUGGCUUCCAGCUUUGUAAGAUUGUAUGUUGUAUAUACCAUUCUAUUAAGAAACAUGUACACAUGUCUGUCCACCUGCUUUCAGACAUAGAUGAAGCAUGAUAAAGAUUAUUAUUUAAAAUAUAUUUGUAUUUAUACCUCAGAUAUUCUUUUUGGGUUUUGUACCUCAAGGCUUUCUCCCCCUUUAUUGUAAAUACACUUUACAUGAAUAUAGUCUAAGUGAAAAACUAAAUAAAAGGAAGAAGUUUAUAAUUUGCUCUAUAUCUGUACAGAGUAUAGCCAGCAAGUGCACUAUUAAAUGUUUAACAUAGGGAAGAGAAUCUGGCCUGCUUUCCUGGGUGUUGCAUCUUCCACCUCAAUGAAAGCACAGAUUGCAAAGCGUAGGAACAUUGUGUUUUCAAUUAAAAUCAGCAGAAUUACUGAACAAAAAAUUGGAUCAAGAAUCGAUUCCCAGGCCAAACUGCAACUGAGCCACUCAUCAAAACAGGAAAUCCUGGUGAAGGCUCAGGAAGCAGGGAGACUGUCUCCAAACAAAGGUCCCUUUAGGGAGUCACGCCGAGAAAGUUAUGAGAGUGAGCAGAGGCCAAGCAGAGGUGCUCGUAAGCAAAGCCAGGGUCUCAGAUUCAUUUCACAAAAGGUCUCUUUCCCACUGCUCAGCUUCCCAGUUGUAAGAAUGCUUUGACAAAGAUUCAAAGACUCAAAGCAUGGGCACAUUUUCAAAAAUUCAGUUUAUGUCACCUGCAGUGCUGUAGCAUCACAACUUACCCACGUGACUAACUGCCUAGAUUGUAAGCUCUUCGAGGGCAGGCGGCGCAUCUCCUGCACAUCUUUAUAAUCCUCUACAGCAACUGUCAGUGUUUUGUACAUGUAGGCACCUAAUAAAUUUAUUAUUUGCUGAAGUGAA